AUGACGGCUCGACGCUCGAGUUCUGCGGAUGGUACUCGGUCAGCAGACCAGAAAGAUACGAUUGUGUCUCCACCAUCUCGAGCUCAAUCAUGUCCCUCGCUGGCUAUGCCGAGCAUACACUCUAUUCAGUAUAAGCCAGCGCCGUUGCUAGCAAUUUCAAGUACUUCUGUUUGUUAUGAGUACAAGCCAACGCCAUUGUUAGAGAUUUCAAGCAUCUCGGUGUGUUAUGAAGUUUCACAGCCUGAUACUUCUACCACAUCCCUGGCAGAGCGUAAAGAUAUUGUUACUGGUGUGCCAAUAACACCGCUGGGCGUCAAGCUCGACCCGGUGGGAGUCUCACCAGCGCCACCCAUAUCUACGGAUAAUGUAGUCGUCAAGCCCACGCCACUUUUCGUGGACAUCGACAACUCUAUGGACCAUGCCGUACGAGAAGAAAGCCCGAUCCAUAGCGAGCCAGCGAUGAAGAGCAAUUCCAGCAACUCUAGCGACCCUGAUAGCAGUUCCGGAGAUGAGCCCGUGAGCGUUAUCCUCGCUGAUCCGUACGAUACUCCAGGCGGCUCCUCCUCGAGUGACUCCUCGAGCGACUCCUCGAAAGAAUCUUCGAGCAAACCUAGUAAUUCUAGCCAUAUCUACAGAAGCAAAACAAGCAAAAGGACUAUCGACUUCGGAGAACUCAAGCAAAUGGCCGCCGAAGCCAAGACCUCAAAACCUUCUAACAAAGUCUGCCCAGAAAACACAACGAUUGCACCAGGAACAUCUCCAAGGCUCUCGAAGAAGAUAUCAAGGUCAAAAAAAGUGCGUAGCCGUUUAUCGGAACCUUCGAUUGGUCACCGCAUGAAGAAGAACAGGCCCUUACCCAGAGAUCGGUCCUCACUCCAAGAAGACCCCGAUGAUGCAAUCGUAAUCGAAGACUCAUCGAACGACGACCAUGAGGAGAUCGCCCAGCAAGACCCGGAUGAAACUCAAGAUCUGAUGGAGUUCGCCUAUUUGGAUGGAGGACAGAUUCCCUUAGAAAAGGGCGAACAGCCAACGCUCGAACAUAACCAGAAACGCUCAUCAAAACGUGUACGAGUACCGAGCUCGUAUCCAGGCUUCGUUGAAUGGAAGAGCCUUGUCGACACCAAGCUGGCAAAUUGCGACAGUCUUUGGCUAAAAACGCAAACUGAUUGGAUUUCCUUGCGCGAUAACACGAAAAAGUACACAGGAUCUCUAAUGAGCGGGUUUGACAAGAAAAUAUGCAGCGUUGCAAAAAGAUUCUCAUCAGGCAGGGUCUGCGCCUCCGAAGUGCUCGCGUUAGAAAAGUCUUGGCGCCUCACUUACACGGUGGCAUUGAUGCAGAUCAAGGACGAACGACACAAAAAGCAGCUUGGGGCGUUCAAUGCGAGAUUAAAACAAUUCGAAUCGGUAUCAAGAGGGAUACAGCCAGAACAUUUUGCCACAGAAGAAGACGAUGGAGAUGACAUAGACUGGACCCCAGACACCAAUCCCAAACGAAGGCGCGUCGAAUAG